AUGUCGUAUAUGUUACCGCAUUUAGAAAAUGGAUGGCAGGUAAGUAUAAAGUUUUUCAGCAAUAUAAUCUUCAAAAACAUUUUUACAGGUCGAUCAAGCCAUCCUAGCCGAAGAAGAUCGUGUUGUUGUUGUCAGAUUUGGUCACGAUUGGGACCCAACAUGUAUGCAAAUGGACGAAACAUUAUUCAAAAUUGCUCCAAAAGUCAAAAACUUUGCUGUCGUUUAUUUGGUAGAUAUCACAAAAGUUCCGGAUUUCAACAAAAUGUACGAAUUGUACGAUCCAUGCACAGCAAUGUUUUUCUUCCGAAACAAACACAUUAUGGUCGAUUUAGGUAAGCUAUUUAUUUUUAAGGUUUUAGGAUUUAGGAAGCUAAAAUGAUUUUUUGUAUAGGAACCGGUAAUAACAACAAAAUCAAUUGGGCUGUGACUGAUGGACAAGAACUUAUCGAUAUUAUUGAGACAGUUUAUCGAGGAGCUCGUAAAGGACGUGGUUUGGUUAUUUCGCCAAAAGACUACUCAACAAAAUACAAGUAUUAA